AUGGCUCGCGUGCUGCUGGCUGCUUUGCUGCUUGCAUCCCCGGUGGCUGCAUUCGUGGCCCCGGGCACCGGUGUCACUACCACUGAGAGCCAGGGAAGGCCAGUUCGACUGCCAUUGGAGCCAGUCGAGGAGACUUUCGACGAGGCCAGCAACUCCAAUGUCCUGAGCGUUCUCACUGCCGGCUUCGGCGUUGGUGCAGUGCUGGGAUGGUUGAACUCUAGAAAGCAGCAGCUGGUCUCCACUGCGGCAGCAGCGGCCGUGGCCGUCGCACCUGGCGCAGCUCAGGCUAUGGUGGAUUACGAGGGAAUCAAAUACUUGGGGGGGACUGAUAAGGUUGACAUCAACAAUGCCAACAUCCAGGCUUACCGCCAAUUUCCUGGCAUGUUCCCCACCAUUGCCGGCUUGAUUGGCACGCACGGCCCCUACAGUCAGGUGUCCGACAUUUACAACAUUCCGGGAAUGGAUGACAAGCUCAAGAACAUUGCCAAGAAGUACGAGGGAAACCUGGAGGGGGCCUAUGCCUUCACCGGGAUCUUCUUCUUUAUGCUCAGGAACAUUUUCGUGGAGUGUGCGAAGUGCUGGAAUCCGUUUUUCUUGAUCAGGCUGGGCUGGAUUGAAUCUUUCGACAUUGGCUCCGGAGAUCACUAUGGGGUUGCAGCUGGUUUUGAGGAGAUCCACCCACCCGAACAUGCCCUCCCAUGGCUUGGCUGGAAGAGUCCGAUCCUCGCAUCGGCUUCAGAACUUCUGGCUGCGGCGGACGAGCAGGGCAAAGUCGUGUUAGAUGACAUUCUGGACAUGCUGUGGUGCUCUGGGCAAUGGCCCACUCCACGAGGGAAUCUUCAUCCAACUUGCCUCAUGUGUGGAAGACUCGUCUGUGGCCCUCACAAGCAGAUGGUACAAAGGUUGGAAGCUGGCCCCGUCAGGCGACUGCAGGACGGCACUCCUUUCCUCAGGCUCAAUCCGGGUCGCAUGUGCCGGCGCAUCAGUGGCCCUUGGGUCUUGCCGGAGGCUCCAGCGGAGCCGGCUCCCUGGCUGCCGAAAGAGACUGGAGCAUUGGUGUCUGCAGUGCGUUCCUGCGGCCACCUGGGUUGGGCGGCUGUUCAGCAGCACUUGGAAAGCAAAGGCUUCGCUCGCACCGACGUCCAGUGCCAAGCGCAGUGGAGACAGGUGUCUCAACCGCUGUCGACAACGGAUGUCAUAGACCUGAGCGCGGCAGAUGACACGAAACUGCGAGAGACUCUAGACGGUACCGUGGGACGGAGAUGGCAGUGGCGAGACGAAGCUAUCAACGCGGAGAUGCAGCUGCUUUUAUCUUCUGAUUCCGAGCGUGUCGAGCUGCAGGAACUGGGCUCAGGGCUCAUUGCAUUCUCACCACUUCUUUCUUGCUACCUCUCCUCUGCAUCAAUUUCCGACCCACCGUCAACACUGCUACCAGAGACUAUCCAAGAAGACUUUUUGAUCGGGCUCUCGGCCUUUUUUCGCACGCCGAUGAUUGAUCGCACCGGAUUGCUGAACAAGGACGCCGAGACUCUGUCAGACUGCAGCUUGCGAUUGACAGUCCUGGAGCCCAUGCCAGACAAGGACCCGAGCUUCUGCACGCCUCUUGGCGAGGUGAUGGAUGGUCGUGCCAAAGAGUUAAUCGAGCGGGCGCAGGCACAGCGCUGCAAACUGGAGGUCCUGUGGAGUGGCAUUGAUUCGACAUCGCUGCUGGUGGCACUGCUGCAAACACUGUGUCCCGACUGGCGACCGUGGAAGCCCAACAGUUCUCCUCAAGGAGAUCCGAGAUUUCACACGUUUCCUGGCAUUGUCGUUCGAUGCAGUGCUGAUUCCAUUGCAGAGUAUCCCUGGUUCCACGAGAACGUGCUUCUCCCGCUGCAUGAAGCUGGUGCCAUUGACAUGGAACCCAUGGCAGAUGCAGAGGAAGUGUCCAUGCUGUGGGAAGCACCCUCGUCCCGGAUCACAGUCACUGGAGAGUGCGGGGAUCAGAUUUUUGGAUCUCAGCUACUGGAGGCCGCCUUCGUGAAGUCCGAGCUUCGUGCACUGCACGAGCAUGGCCUGGAUGCGGCCUGGGAGGACACCGUCCUACAUGCUCUGAUGGACAUGGGCAUCGUGAGGCUGGACUGCAAAGAGCGAUGGCUUCGUUGGUUCAGGCCUUUCGUGGAACGAUGCCCUCUUCCUGUCUACUCUGCUUUUGAUUUGCUUUGGUGGCUGAACGUGAGCUGCAAAUGGCAGACCGUCUGCCUCAGGCUUUUCCAACGUCGACCUCAGCUUCGUUCAUCUGACUUGAAAAGACUUGCUCACUUCUUCCAGACGGAGGAGUUCCAGCAAUGGUCCUUUGUUCCUGAGAACCAUGCAGCCAAGAUGAAGGAUCACAAGAAGUGGUCAACAUACAAGCAGCCAUUGAAAGACUACAUUCUGGAGUUUACCCAGGACCGGGAGUAUUGCGACAGCAAGCUCAAAGUGGGAUCCCUCUGCCAGGUCAACGACGCCAGCCGUUUCGUCAUCAUGGGCAUUGACGACAAGUUGAACGUACUCAGAUUCGGACAGACUUGCUUGAGUGCCCGCCAAAUGGACAAGCGGUAUCCUGACUGCGCUUUGCAAAGAGCAUUUCUGAGAAAACAGCUGUGUAGCUUCUGCAGCUGUGUUUCUCUUAAGGGUGCUGCUGCAACUGCUCCUGUUGCCUGUAGCACGGAAUUCAGGGCCGGAUUCUGA